GUACAUUGGUUAAAUCCCGCCAUUAACAAAAAGAAGAACAUUUGAAAUAGCAGUUAGGUAACAUAAUCGCCAGAUAGCUUCUCGGUGUAACGUUAUUCAUUUUAUACUUUGACGGCAAGAAAGUAUCCUUGACCUGAUGAGUUCAUGGUAUGCUACUAUUAUUCUGUGGUGCAUAUAGUUAGUGUGAAGCAUCAGCCGCAACUUAAUUGAUGAAAAUGACAUCCAUUAUCAAGCUGACUGCCCUCUCCGGUGUGCAGGAAGAAUCUGCGCUUUGCUACCUGUUACAGGUGGAUGAGUUUCGUUUCUUACUUGACUGCGGUUGGGAUGAGAGCUUCUCUCUAGACAUCAUCGAUGCUAUAAAAAGGCAUGUUCAUCAAGUGGAUGCAGUCCUCCUCUCCCACCCUGAUCCCCUACACCUUGGAGCUUUGCCGUAUGCUGUAGGGAAACUAGGCCUUAACUGCACCAUUUAUGCCACCAUUCCUGUGUACAAGAUGGGACAGAUGUUCAUGUACGACUUGUAUCAGUCUCGUCACAAUACUGAGGACUUCACCUUGUUCACCCUGGACGAUGUGGAUUCUGCCUUUGACAAGAUACAGCAGCUAAAGUACUCUCAGAUAGUGAAUUUGAAAGGGAAAGGGCAUGGCCUGUCCAUCACCCCACUCCCUGCCGGUCACAUGAUUGGCGGAACCAUUUGGAAGAUUGUGAAGGAUGGGGAAGAGGAGAUUGUGUAUGCUGUGGACUUCAACCACAAGAGGGAGAUACACCUGAACGGCUGCUCUCUGGAGAUGGUGAAUCGGCCUUCCCUGCUCAUCACAGACUCUUUCAACGCCACCUACGUGCAGCCACGCAGAAAACAGCGUGAUGAGCAGCUCCUUACCAACGUGAUGGAGACCUUGCGAGGCGAUGGAAAUGUGCUGAUCGCCGUGGAUACAGCGGGCCGGGUUCUGGAACUGGCACAGCUGUUGGAUCAGAUCUGGAGGACAAAGGAUGCUGGACUUGGGGUUUACUCGCUCGCCCUCCUGAACAACGUCAGCUACAAUGUGGUGGAGUUUUCGAAGUCCCAGGUGGAGUGGAUGAGUGACAAGCUGAUGAGAUGCUUUGAGGACAAGCGGAACAACCCCUUCCAGUUUCGCCACCUGUCCCUGUGUCACAGCCUGGCUGACCUGACGCGGGUGGCCAGCCCCAAGGUGGUGUUGUGCAGCCAGCCUGACUUGGAGUCAGGUUUCUCCCGUGAACUUUUCAUACAGUGGUGCAGAGAUGCGAAGAACUCAGUCAUCCUGACAUACCGGACCACGCCUGGCACCCUGGCCCGCUACCUCAUCGAUAAUCCAGGGGAGAGGAUCCUGGACCUGGAGAUUAGGAAACGGAUGAAGCUUGAAGGUCGUGAACUUGAAGAAUACCUUGAAAAGGAAAAGCUGAAAAAAGAGGCUGCUAAAAAGCUUGAACAAGCUAAAGAGGUGGAUGUGGACUCCAGUGACGAGAGCGACCUGGAGGAUGACCUAGAGCAGCCAGCGGUGACAAAGACCAAGCACCAUGACCUGAUGAUGAAGGGUGAGGGGGGCCGCAAGGGCAGCUUCUUCAAACAGGCCAAGAAGUCCUACCCCAUGUUCCCAACCCAUGAAGAGAGGAUCAAGUGGGAUGAGUAUGGGGAGAUUAUCCGGCCAGAGGAAUUCUUAGUUCCAGAACUCCAGGCCACUGAAGAGGAGAAGAGCAAACUAGAAUCAGGAAUAGCAAACGGAGAUGAACCCAUGGAUCAGGACCUCUCUGAUGUCCCCACCAAAUGCAUAUCCACAACAGAGACCAUAGAGAUCAGUGCCAGAAUUGCAUACAUCGAUUAUGAGGGUCGCUCGGACGGAGAUUCCAUCAAGAAGAUCAUUAACCAGAUGAAGCCAAGGCAAUUGGUGAUUGUGCACGGGCCCCCUGAAGCCAGCCUGGACCUGGCCGAGUCUUGCAAAGCUUUCAGCGGGAAGGACAUCAAGGUGUAUACACCCAAGCUGCAGGAGACCGUGGAUGCCACCAGCGAAACACAUAUCUAUCAGGUACGACUGAAGGACUCUCUUGUGAGUUCACUGCAAUUCUACAAGGCUAAGGACACAGAGCUUGCCUGGAUUGACGGGGUGCUGGAUAUGCGCGUGAUAAAGGUGGACACCGGUGUGGUGGUGGAGGAGGGUGAGAUGAAUGAGGAGGCAGAGGAGGGCGAGCUGCCCAUGGAGGUGACUUCCAGUCUGACAGCAGACCACAGUGCCGUGGCCCAGCAGCGUGCCAUGAAGAGCCUGUUUGGAGAGGAUGAUAAGGAAGUGUCUGAGGAGAGUGAUGUCAUACCCACCCUUGAGCCACUAACAUCACAAGAGAUCCCAGGUCAUCAGUCUGUUUUUAUCAAUGAGCCUCGCCUGUCGGACUUUAAGCAGGUUUUGCUGAGGGAAGGCAUACAGGCUGAGUUUGUCGGAGGAGUGCUGGUCUGUAACAACCUGGUUGCAGUUCGCAGAACAGAAGCUGGGCGAAUUGGCUUAGAAGGCUGUCUGUGUGAUGACUACUACAAGAUCCGUGACCUGCUCUAUCAGCAAUAUGCUGUGGUUUAGGAGCAGGCAGGUUGCAGCAGCUCUGUGAUAGGCUUUCACAGGGUUUUGUCCCCAUUGGGAUGUCUGCCCCCAUCUUAUUACAGAUUUGUUUUUGGUUUUUGCUAUAGUUUGUACUAUCUUGCAGCAGAUGCCAUCCCCACCAAGACCCCUGUUGAAAUAGAAUUUUCCCCUCAGGGUAAAACUCUGAACUCUAGAAACUUCAGCAAAUAGUAUCCCAUACAUGAUGGUUAUGCCCUUUUUAAAAAUAAAAUAUACAUUUGGAAUGAA